GCAGCUGCGGCGGCUGCAGCAAAGGCUCGAGCCGCGGGGAGGUGGGUCCCCGCGCUCCGGCGCCGGGGCAGCCCCAGGCCCUUUCUGAGGCCUGUGGCGUGGCUCCUAGGGAGGAGGUGACGGCUGUGGCGGCUGGAACCGCGACCUUGGUCAGACCGAGCCCCGCGGUGGACGUAGGGCGGAGGCCGAGCCGCGCCAGGAGUCUCCGGCUAGCCGGAGGGAGGGAGGCGCAUCUGGCGCCGCGGUACCAGCGGCAGCCCCGGGGCUCGCGCGGCUGGAGGAGCGCGGUGGGAGCCGGGAAGAGCUGGCCAGGCUGGAGGGCGGACCCCUGCGUCCCGGAGCCCAGUCCUGGGCACUGCUGGGCGAAGCCACGCGUCUUCUCGGGCAGCCAGUUUCACACGCGCCAGUUUGAGGUUCCGGGCAUCCCAGUAAGCUCUAGCAGCGAGGCACCGGCGGCUGGAAGCGCAGAGCCCGAUCCUCGGCGCCCAGCUCACCUCCCCAGACCAAGCCUAGCUGGGACCAGGGCUUCAGGGCUCUCCGACCCCAGCGCCAGGUCAGACCGCGAGCCCCACCCUAAAGAGAGGGCACAGCCGGGAGCUGGGAAGCGGGCGCCGCGCUCCAGAGGUGGUGUGGUGGGCGCCGUCCUAGUGGCGGGGAGCGCACGGUGGAGGGGACAUGAAAUCGGAGAAAUCCCUUACGCUGGCGGCGCCGGGGGAGGUCCGUGGGCCGGAGGGGGAGCAACAGGACGCGGGAGACUUCCCAGAGGCCGGCGGGGGUGGGGGCUGCUGUAGUAGCGAGCGGCUGGUGAUCAACAUCUCCGGGCUGCGCUUUGAGACACAGUUACGCACCCUGUCGCUGUUCCCCGACACGCUGCUGGGAGACCCUGGCCGCCGAGUGCGCUUCUUCGACCCCCUGCGGAACGAGUACUUCUUCGACCGCAACCGGCCCAGCUUCGACGCCAUCCUCUACUACUACCAGUCGGGGGGCCGCCUGCGGAGGCCGGUCAACGUGCCCCUGGACAUCUUCCUGGAGGAGAUUCGCUUCUACCAACUGGGCGACGAGGCCCUGGCGGCCUUCCGGGAGGAUGAGGGCUGCUUGCCCGACGGUGGUGAGGACGAGAAGCCGCUGCCGUCGCAGCCCUUCCAACGCCAGGUGUGGCUCCUCUUUGAGUAUCCGGAGAGCUCCGGGCCCGCCAGGGGCAUCGCCAUCGUCUCGGUGUUGGUCAUCCUCAUCUCCAUCGUCAUCUUUUGCCUGGAGACCUUGCCCCAGUUCCGGGCAGAUGGUCGAGGUGGAAGCAACGGUGACGGUGUGAGCCGCGUCUCCCCGGUGUCCAGGGGCAGUCAGGAGGAAGAGGAGGAUGAAGACGAUUCCUAUACAUUCCACCCUGGCAUCUCCCCUGGGGGAAUGGGGACAGGGGGCUCGUCCUCACUCAGUCCUCUCGGGGGCUCCUUCUUUACAGACCCCUUCUUCCUGGUGGAGACUCUGUGCAUCGUCUGGUUCACAUUUGAGCUCCUGGUGCGCUUCUCCGCCUGCCCCAGCAAGCCGGCUUUUUUCCGCAACAUCAUGAACAUCAUUGACUUGGUGGCCAUCUUCCCCUACUUCAUCACCCUGGGCACCGAGCUGGUGCAGCAACAGGAGCAGCAGUCGGCCAGCGGAGGGGGCGGCCAGAACGGGCAGCAGGCCAUGUCCCUGGCCAUCCUCCGAGUCAUCCGCCUGGUCCGGGUGUUCCGCAUCUUCAAGCUGUCCCGCCACUCCAAGGGGCUGCAGAUCCUGGGCAAGACCUUGCAGGCCUCCAUGAGGGAGCUGGGGCUGCUCAUCUUCUUCCUCUUCAUCGGGGUCAUCCUCUUCUCCAGCGCCGUCUACUUCGCAGAGGCUGAUGACGAUGACUCACUCUUUCCCAGCAUCCCGGAUGCCUUCUGGUGGGCAGUGGUUACAAUGACCACGGUAGGUUACGGGGACAUGUACCCCAUGACAGUGGGGGGCAAGAUUGUGGGUUCCCUGUGCGCCAUCGCGGGGGUCCUCACCAUUGCUCUCCCUGUGCCGGUCAUCGUCUCCAACUUCAACUACUUCUACCACCGGGAGACGGAGCAGGAGGAGCAGGGCCAGUACACCCAUGUCACUUGUGGGCAGCCCACACCAGACCUGAAGGUGACUGACAAUGGACUUGGCAAGCCUGACUUCUCCGAGGCCCCCCGGGAACGGAGACCCAGCUACCUUCCCACUCCACAUCGAGCAUUUGGAGAAAAGAGAAUGCUCACGGAGGUCUGAGUGCGGCAGGCGGGGCCUGCGGGAGAAGUGGAGCGCUGAGCCAGUCUCUUAGGCUUCCUUCUCAUUCGCAUGACUCUCACCCCAGCCCCAGUUGACUUCUUGGCCCCUUCUCCUACACCCACCACCUGGCAUCAAGGACCAAACACACAGCCUGUCAACUUUGUGGCUCAAUCCCUGCAGCAUUCAAGGUUUAUCCAUCUAAGUGACAUUUUUGAAAUUCCAAUGGUGCCACCCAGUCAUGCCCAUCUUCUGUCACAUGGAUGACAUAUACAUUUCUGCCUGACCUUUCCUCAAGACUGAUUUUUCACAUCUGGGACUUGUAAUAUCUUUAGGAAUGGCAACAUCAACAGGAUGGAAACCAACCGUACCUGGGUCCCAUCUUUCUCCUUAGUGUCCUUUGUUUGGGUCAUAUACUGCUCUUAGCUUCUGGCCACUUGGUAACUGGCAGAAGCUGGAGGACAGAAAUAAUACUCACCUGGCCAUUUUAUUCUAGUGACCUGUAACACCUGUUGGGCAUCCUACAGAGGACCUGUGGUAGGGCCUUUAUUUGCACAGCCUCAAAAUAGGUUCUUUGUUUCUAAUCCUGGAUGGAAUUAGAGAAAACACAAUCAAAUCUGACCACCUGGAGGACGUGAGGGUCAGUCUCAGACCAGAGGGACCAAUGGAUUCUUCCAGGUGUGUUCCAGCACAGGAGACUCUGGCCUUUGGUCUGCAUUUAAUCCUUCCCACUAUGAUCCCCUGAUUCUCUCUAGCUCCCAGGAAGGUUCCUUCUCAGAGCCAAAUACUCUAUUUGUCUAAGUGCCUUCCUGUGCAGAGGAGCUGGAAGAAAGGAACCGCAGAGCUAGGAGGGCUGGCUGAAUGGAGUCAAGCAGCUGGCUCACCCAGAGACUGAAGCAAGAGGCUACUUAAGGUAUCAUCCUCUUGAAGAGGCAGAGGGGUCUUGUUGCAGAGGCAGCUUUUUCACCCCCAUUUCCCUAGCCCUCACUAGCCUUCCACUCUACUUCCUGGGAAUUUGACUUAGGAUUGCAAACUCCGGCUUAAACCCACAGACAGGUAAAAGCACAAUUCGAUGCCAGCAUGGGUUUCUUCUCAUUUUAUGGGCAGUAGAAUAUGUGGUUUAGAGUAAGGAACCAGCAUUAUUACUUUACCAACAGCCUCACUCUGAGGGGUUUUUUGUUGAGUCAAGCACUCGUCAGCUCUGCCCCUUGGAGCUACACCUGACCUGCUCUCACUGGUAAGAUGAAGUGGUGGUGUUCCCAUCUGGGCGAAGCCACCUCCUUUCAUUGCGAAACCACUGCCAUCCCCCACCUCCCCACACCCCUCCUUUCUCUCCCCAUAACAUUGCCACUCAUUUUUGCCUUUGAUGAACUGCGAUGUACUGUUCUGAGCUCUUCUUGGUGCAGUUCUGAAACCGAAAGGACUGUAAACAUGUUUUUAUUGUCAUAUCUAUGCUUUAAGAGUCUUUGAUGAGCAUUUUUAAAAACAUAAUUAUUUUGUUGAAGAGCAGCUUACAAGGGGACAGUCUUUUUUUUUUUUUUUUUUUUUGUUAAGGGGACAGUCUUUUGAGGGUUUGCUUGAGAUGCAGUGUGGCUCCUCUGAGUGCCAGAUCUAAAAUCUGAUUUGGCGACAGCUUUAUAGGGUAACCUUGGCACCACAGUCCCUCUUUGUGCCUCAGUUUUUCCGCCCAUUAGACGGAAUCAUUAAUGUCUUCCCCUGCCUACCUCAUGGGGAGUAUCAAUGAACUCAUCUGAAGCUGGGGAUGAUGCUAUGCAAUGCAUGAACUUUGGUAAUGGAUUUGAUUUUUAGUUCAUUACCUUGUCUCUCCAUUCCCCCCAGGCAAGGCCUUUACCCGAGUUCCUGCCUUAGAUUCAAAGCCCAAGGAUAGGCUAUUAUGGACCAUCAGCUCCCUAAUACCUUACUCGCCUCUUGGACUGAGCCUCAGUCUUUCUUCUUACCCUUCAGAAAGGAGGGCAAUCUUUAGAUAUGUCCUUCCGGGGCUGAGGUCACCUUGACUGGGAGCUUGGCUUCUCCAAACCUGAAAUACAGUAGGAAAUAGAGGUGUUUAUGAUUCAGAAACCUGCUCUAAGGCCAAUGCUAGCUUUACAAAUCUUUUCAGUUCUUCCUGGCUAUUUGGGAAAAGAAGAGAAGGGCCCAUUCCAGAGGCAAACGGAAUGUUCCUAGCUGAGGGUUAAAGUUGGGACAUGUCUGCAUGUACAUGUGUAUGUGAUCACCCUCAUCACCAUCCCCGAGACACAUUUCUUUUUCAAGUCAGAGCAUGCCUGAGAGUAAAGGGUUUGUGAAGAGCUGGGCUCUCCAGGGACUCUGGUUGCCGUAGCAACCUUCCAGACUGUUUUCUCCAUCCUCUGAUUUGGGCAUCAAAGGAAAACAGGGGACCACAUAUUCCCAGCUCCUUAAAUGGGAGCACCUCCCACAUAUUGGUUCCGGGGCAGGUAGUGCCAGGACAGGGAUGGGGGAACCUUUGGAAAAUAUAGAGGAAGCAGGUCUCCAAAACUUCCUCCCUGGACCGUUCUUCCUGAUUUCCCUACCCAGUCACGGAAGCUGCCUCAUCUCACUCCUGACUCUUCAGACAUUCGAAUGCUAAGCAACUGCCCAGUUAAACCAACAUCACUAGUAUGUUCUUCAGCAUGACCAGGGGAGCUCUGGGAGAGGAUGACUUAUCCCUCAAGUGGCAGCCAGGCUGUGCCUCCCCAAGAGUAGUAAUGGUCUUAGGUAUCACGGAGUUCUCAUCUCCUCAAAGGGAGGCUCUUCCCAGUUGGAGGAGAGACAGAGAAAUGCAACUCCUUCCUCCCAGGGAACAGUCUGGCUCCUGGGAGGAAUCUCAUAGAUGGCUCUUCGUAAGAUGCUGAAGAAAACCUGAGAGGCUGUUGCCUGACCUAGUUUCCAUGAAGGAUUUUGUCAAGGGGUCCUUCUCUGAGCCUAAGCCCUUUAUAUGGAUGUCGUGCCCUAAGCACCAAGGGAAAACGCGCUUUGUGUCACCUGGACAGCUGGGGUGGCGAUUCACAGCUGCCAGGAGCCGCGGGGUCCAAGCCCUCCUUACACCUGGCUCCAGCCAGCAGGAGCUCCUCCCAGAGGGCUUCUGAACUGUCAGCCUCAGCCCGGGAUGCGGGGUAUUCCUCCUACCUGCGAGUCCCCAAGGAGCGAGCAGGGACAGCUGGCCGCCUUCACAUCCAAGCUCUUAAGGAAUUUAGACUUCUGUUAAGAAAAAAAAAAAGGUGAACUCUUCAAUCUGCAAGCUGAACUCAAAAGCUUAAAGAAGAACUUGAUUUAAAGAUUUAUAAUCUUAAUAAAUUGAGUACCGUUAACUCCUGGACAACACAAGUUUGAACUGUCCAUGUCCAUUUAUCCAUGGAUUUUCUUUCAUGUCUGCCACCCUGGGGCAGCAAGACCAACCCCUCCUCCUCCUUCUCCUCCUCAGCCUGCUAAGGAUGACGACGGAAAAAUCCUGGCACCGUGGUCUUAGCAAGGAGACCUACGCAUACAUUUCUGAUAGCAGCUGGACCCUCAACUUCUUCAGAAGAUGAAACCCCUCCUUGGGUGAUCUAGUGUGACAUCCUUCUGGUGGCCUUCCAGGAGCAAUGACCAGGCCAGAAAAUGCUGAGAUCAGAUCCGCUGGUGUUAAAGACGGGGCCCAGAAUGCUGGGGGGAGGCUGUAGGAGGAGGGUGAAAGCUGGUGGUGUGAGAAAAAGAGCCAAGGUAUGGGGAGGUCAGGGGAUCACAGAAGGUGCAUGGCUGUGCUGCAGACCCACCCAGGAGAAAGGUGGCUGUGGACGAAUAACAAAUAAAUACAUGACAA